AUGAACCCACCAGCUCAGACGCAUAUCACGACGAUCCUCAUAUCCAAUCUUCACUGCAGCAGCUGUGUACGCACAAUCAAUGAAGUGCUCUUAUCUUUGUCCCCCCCUCCAACAAGGGUAGAUGUAUCCAUCGUCCACCAGUCAGUGACAAUCGGGCAUGCCAUUACAAUACCCAGAGACACCAUACAAUCCGUGCUUGAAGAUGCCGGGUUCGAUAUAUCUGACCCAGAUCCCAGUCCCUCCGAGCACAAGCUUUCCCCACGGAUGUCCGGGAUGAGCAUCACGUUUUAUGGACAACGUCGAAAGCAUAUACAACAUUGUUCAUUGUGUCAGGAGAAGGGCACUAUUUCACUCGAUGAUACCGUUUCACCACUCCUGCGGGGCAAUAUCGACGGCCUACCUUCCAACGGUGUUUAUCCAACAGAUUUCUCCACGCUGGAGGGACCAGAGAAGGACCCAAAUUUAAGCCGAAGCCCGUGGCACGAAGUUGGCGCUAAUGAUGUGCCGCAUCGCGUCACCCUGUCUGUAGGUGGCAUGACAUGCUCCUCAUGUUCGGGCACCAUUACCGAAAUGGUCUCGCAACUCUCUGGCAUCUCCCAAGUGGUCGUUAGCCUUCUCAACAACUCUGCCACAGUUGUUGUUGCUCGAAGGGAUCUUCUUGGUUCCGUGACUGAAACGAUCGACGACUGUGGCUUUGAAGUCGACGUUAUCAAGAUCGAGCCCCUUGUCCCAUCGUCAUCAGAUGGUGACGCAACAACAACGGGUCCUCGGAAUGUAUCGCUUCGUGUCGAGGGAAUGUAUUGUCCACAUUGUCCAGCAAAGAUCAUGACUGCCUUGCAAAGGUUCCAGCCAGACGUCGCCAUUAUCAAACCAUUAUCAAACCAUUUGGAUCCAAUAAUCGAAAUUUCAUACAAGCCAUCGCCUCCAGACUUUACCAUCCGCUCCAUCAUCACCACCAUUGUGUCAGUAGACCCGACGUCGUACAGUGUGUUGAUUGAUCGUCCACCUACGCUCGAAGAGCGUGCACGGCGCAUGCAGCAGCGCGAGCAACGAACCUUGCUGCUGCAUCUCUUUUUUACAUUUAUGAUCGCGAUACCCACAUUCAUCAUCGGUGUGGUGUACAUGAGCCUCGUUCCCAGCGGCAAUCAGACGAAGCAAUACCUAAUGGGGCCUAUGUGGAAUGGAAAUGCGUCCCGAAUCGAGUGGGCGCUCUUUUUUCUGGCGACUCCAGUAUACUUCUAUGGCGCUGGCACAUUCCACCGUCGGAGCAUCAAAGAAAUCAGAGCUUUGUGGAAGAAAGGGAGUACGACUCCCAUCAUCAAGCGCUUUACUAGAUUUGGGAGUAUGAACCUCCUGGUUUCUACCGGAGUAUCUGUGGCCUAUUUUUCAUCGAUCGCGGUCCUAGCUCUUGCAGCAACACAGCAGCCUUCGGGCAGUGGGGCAGCGCAAGAAACGACAUAUUUCGACUAUGUCGUGUUCCUGACCAUGUUUUUACUUGCUGGCCGCUACCUCGAGGCAUACAGCAAAGCGAGGACUGCCGACGCGAUUACUGCGCUCGGCUCACUCCGCCCUGCUGAAGCUCUUCUCUUGGCUCCUCGCUCCGCAACUGAUUCCACGGCUCCCUUGAUUUUUUCCCGCAAUGACCCCGAAAAAUGUGACGUAUCAAUUGACAACGGUAGCCUUGUUGCUUCUCCUGGCUUUAAAUUUGAGAAGGUAGCAGUUGACCUCUUGGAAGUUGGCGAUGUUGUACGUGUGCAAAAUGGCGCCACACCACCGUCAGACGGUACAAUCGUCUCUGGUGCUGAGACUUCCUUCGACGAGAGCUCUUUGACGGGCGAGGCUCGACUUAUCAGUAAGAGUGUCGGGGACACGGUUCUUCUUGGGACAAUCAACAAGUCCAGGGCUGUAGACGUCCGAGUUGACGUUAUUGGUGGUCUCACAUUGCUGGAUCAGAUCGUGCAGAUCGUUCGUGAGGGCCAAACUCGCAGGGCGCCCAUUGAGCGUGUCGCAGACCACAUCACGGGCGUCUUUGUGCCGAUCAUCACUUUGCUGGCGAUCGUCACGUGGUUGAUAUGGCUUUCCUUGGGUGUCAGCGGUGCCAUCCCUAGGAGUUAUUUAGAUAUAACUGUGGGCGGAUGGAUCGUGUGGUCUCUCGAAUUUGCGAUCGCAGUAUUCGUCGUGGCAUGUCCUUGCGGCAUUGGCCUGGCAGCACCAACCGCUCUCCUCGUGGGAUCUGGGCUUGCAGCCAAAUAUGGCAUAUUGGCUCGUGGAGGUGGCGAAGCUUUCCAAGAAAUGGCACAACUUGACAUUGUCGUAUUCGACAAGACCGGAACACUUACGGAAGGUGGUGAGCCCCGAGUGUCUGAUGCCGAGAUCCUGCUUUCGUUGGUGCCUCGGGAGACGCUUCUCGGAAUCGCUGCGGAGUUGGAAUCUGCUUCCUCUCACCCGCUCGCAUCUGCGAUUCGGCAGUACGCUGAGCAGCAUGGUGCUACGUCUGCCGCUGGCAGCGCAUUCGAUGAAACUGCUGGUAAAGGUGUCACAGCGAAUUUUGACGACAUACGUCGCAAAGCAAUCAUAGGAAACGAAGCCCUGAUGCGAGAUCAUGCCGCCUCUCUUUCUCCAGACGUGUCCCAAAUGCUCGACAGGUGGAAAUCAGAGGCGAAGAGCAUCGUCCUUCUCGCGGUUACGGAUGCAGACUUGGAUGAUCGCUUCGUCGUUGCAGCGAUAUUCGCUGUAUCGGAUCCCAUCAGGCGAGAAGCUAGCGGUGUCGUACGCCAUUUGCACCAGCAGGGCAUUGGAACAUGGAUGAUAUCAGGGGACAACGAGACAACUGCUAAAGCAGUCGCAAAAUUCGUGGGCAUUCCUGAAAUGAAUGUUAUCGCUGGUGUUUUACCCCAACAAAAGGCAGAAAAGAUCGAGUGGCUGCAGCACAAUGGCGCCAAACGACCCUCUUCACGAUGGCGGCGCAUGCUGAGCAGGUCAACGUCAAAUGAACGUUGCAUCGUCGCAAUGGUUGGGGAUGGGAUUAAUGACGCACCUGCACUAGCGGUCAGCGACAUAGGCAUAGCUAUCGGUUGUGGAAGCGACGUCGCGGUAUCUAGCGCUUCGUUCAUUCUCUUAUCCUCUAACCUUCAAACUUUACUCACACUGAGCGACCUGUCGAGAAAAGUGUUUAACCGCGUUCAAAUCAACUUUAUGUGGGCAUUCAUGUAUAAUUUAAUCGCAGUUCCCAUCGCUGCUGGAGUCGUAUACCCUGCCGGACACGCGCGAUUAGCUCCUGUGUGGGCGUCAUUGGCCAUGGCAUUAUCCUCUGUUUCUGUGAUUUGCUCCUCUCUCGCGCUCAAGGUGUACAGAGAGCCAAAGAUACAGCUUUAA